GUGCAAUUCAUUUAGUGAAUAGUACUGAAUUGUAAAAAGAUGAAUCUUUCACUCAACUUUGUGUGUCUUAUUAUUUUGUUUUACAUAUCUCACAGUGCUGCAGUUACUCCAGUGAGGCUAGUAGACGGCCCAAAUCGGUAUGCGGGCAGGCUAGAGGUGUACUAUAAAGGUGAAUGGGGAAGUGUGUGUGGUACAAAUUUUGACCAAGAAGAUGCAGAUGUUGUCUGCAGAAUGUUAAGGAACACAACCAUUGGACUUAUCAAUGCAACAGUACAUCAUGGUUAUCAUUAUGGACGAAGCCCUGGACCUAUGAUGAUAACAAACCUCGAAUGCACUGGUACAGAGGAUGACAUAUUCUUCUGCAAGUCAGACGAAUGGAAAAACAGCCAGCAUUGCUAUUCGAAUGAAAGCGAUGUCGGUCUUGACUGCAACAUACAAAUUCGCCCUCUAAACGGUAGUUAUGGAAUGGGACGUGUUGAAAUAUUGCAUAAUGGUGUAUGGAGAACUGUUUGCAAUAGUAACUUCGGUAUUGACGAAGCAGAAGUCACUUGUAGAUCAAUGGGAUUGAAUUCCAGAAAUGUUUCAUAUGAGUGGUAUGGUUAUGGGAAUAGUUAUAAUCAUGCCUAUCUCCUGGACUGUAAUGGACGGGAGGAAGACAUCGGUCAAUGCAACAUUUAUGACGGGUUUUGUGGUCACAACCAGGACGUGCAGGUCGAUUGCGGAGAUACAGCCGUUCGUCUUGCCAACGGACCAAAUGAGUUGCACGGGCAACUACAGGUCGAGUAUAAAGGAAGAUGGAUGGAUGUUUGCCCUGAUGGAUUUGGUCCCAACGAAGCACGUGUUGCCUGCAACAUGUUGAACAAUGGUACUGCUGUCCGCCCUGGUACCAUUACUAAAAUGUAUCACUCGCAUGGCAACUACUUUUAUAACGUAAAUCGCUUAAAGUGUACAGGGAGCGAGGACGACUUGUCACAAUGCUUGUCCGAUACCUGGGGAUAUUCCAGAUGUUCUCAGUCGUAUGUGGUGAAUUUAGACUGCAACACUGUAAGAUUAAUGGACUCUCAGAGCAGUUCUUACUCAAACCAAGCCGGUCGACUUGAAGUUUAUUCUAACGUGAAUGAUACUUGGGAAACAGUUUGUGACCACAAUUUUGGAUCUGCCGACGCCCGUGUCAUCUGUAGAAUGCUAGGACCCAAUAGCGGAUAUCCACGUGUGGUAAGUGGGCAGUAUCCAGGUGGACAUGGGGAUAUAAUGGUCGACGAUCUACAUUGCCGAGGUUACGAAUAUUAUUUAUCUGAGUGCCCGACUUCUACAAGGUACCACAACUGCAGUCACACGGACGAUGUUGGCGUAGAAUGUUACAGUGAUUACAAUGGUAACGUCACACAUUCGUAUUAUGAGUCUAAACCGACCACCCAAACUGAUGAUGGUAACGUCACACAUUCGUAUUAUGAGUCUAAACCGACCACCCAAACUGAUGGUAACGUCACACAUUCGUAUUAUGAGUCUAAACCGACCACCCAAACUGAUGGUAACGUCACACAUUCGUAUUACGAGUCUAAACCGACCACCCAAACUGAAUCGAAUCUGAGACUGGUUAACGGGAACGGUACUUCCGGGCGUGUAGAGGUAUAUUAUCAUGGACAGUGGGGAACAAUUUGUGACUCAAGUUUUGAUCACAACGAUGUACAGGUCAUUUGCCGUAGCCUUGGCUUGUAUCAGGGAAGUAGCUAUGGAGUUGCUUAUUAUGGAGCAUAUUUUGGUGAAGGAGAAGGGAAUGUGGUUAUCGAAGACCUUCAAUGUAAUGGGUAUGAACGUCAUCUGUCUGACUGUAGAUCUAAAACCUGGCUAUCAAACGGAUGUGACCAUAGCAGAGAUGUAGGUGUAGACUGUUAUGCAUACAGAUAUGACCAGUACACAACACAAGCUUACGGAGUGAUCAGCAGUGGGGAGUAUGAAGGAGCAAUUCGUCUAGUAAAUGGAAAUGGCCAAUAUUCUGGGCGAGUUGAAGUGUUCUUUCAAGGAGAAUGGGGUACCGUAUGCGAUGACAAUUUCGAUAAAGACGCUGCAAAAGUUGUAUGUAGAGUUCUUGGCGUGUACCAUUAUAAAAUGUAUAUAAAGGUAUACCCCUUGGCACAUUUCGGACGUGGAACUGGGCCUGUUAUCAUAGAUGACAUCCGCUGUAGAGGCCAUGAAUGGGGUCUAUCUCAGUGCUAUUCAAGACCUUGGUACAGUACUAACUGCGGACAUAGUGAAGAUGUCGGGGUGGAUUGUUUGUACUACACAACAACAACAAGCACAACAACACCGGUAACCACAACAACACUGGUAACCACAACAACACCGUUAUUGCUGAAUACAACACGAUAUUAUAACAUAACAACAGCACAAUCGCCAGAUACAACAACACCGGUAAACAAAACUACACGCACAACAACACCGGUAACUACAACAACACCGGUAACUACAACAACACCGGUAACUACAACAACACCGGUAACUACAACAACACCGGUAACCGCAACAACACCGGUAACUACAACAACACCGGUAACUACAACAACACCGGUAACCACAACAACACCGGUAACUACAACAACACCGGUAACUACAACAACACCGGUAACUACAACAACACCGGUAACCGCAACACCGGUAACUACAACAACACCGGUAACCGCAACAACACCGGUAACCGCAACAACACCGGUAACUACAACAACACCGGUAACUACAACAACACCGGUAACCGCAACAACACCGGUAACUACAACAACACCGGUAACCGCAACAACACCGGUAACCGCAACAACACCGGUAACUACAACAACACCGGUAACUACAACAACACCGGUAACUACAACAACACCGGUAACCGCAACAACACCGGUAACUACAACAACACCGGUAACUACAACAACACCGGUAACCACAACAACACCGGUAACUACAACAACACCGGUAACUACAACAACACCGGUAACUACAACAACACCGGUAACCGCAACAACACCGGUAACCACAACAACACCGGUAACUACAACAACACCGGUGGGCACAACAACACCGUUGUGGCUGAACACAACACGAUAUUAUAACAAAACAACAGCACAAGCGCCAGACACAUCAACACCAGUAAACACAACUAUAUACACAACAACGUCGGUAAGCACAACAACACCGGUAAGCACAACAACACCAUGGCGACUGAAUACAACAAGAUAUUAUUACAGAACAACAGCACAAGCGUCAGGUCAAAGUCUUAAUGAUUCUAUAAAAGUAAGCUGUAGCCAGUAUUCCUGGGACAUUGUGAUUGACCUGAAUAUCCUACGUCAAACCUAUCCGAGCCUGAUCACCUCUAAUAUUUACCUUGGAGAAAAUAGAUGUACUGGUAUAGAGACUAGUAGGCAUCUUCUCUUUAAAUAUGGUUUACACGAGUGUUUAACACACGAUAUGCAGACAGACGGAAAUAAUGAGUACAUCAAUGAACUGAUCUACGCUGAGCAUGAUCCAGUAUAUACUUUCAUCAUAAGAAACAUCAGCUGGACAUUUCCUGUUGAAUGUGGUAAAAAUAUCAUCGAUACCAUUUCGUACAAUAGCAGCAAUGUGUCCUUUCCCAGUGAACUGUACCCAGUAAAUAUAUCUACAUACUCGGACUCUAAUUUUAUGAAGGAUAUAACAGGGAGCCCAAUAUAUGCUGCCAUCGGGUCUAGUGUCUAUGUAAAGGUAUUUUCUAUAACACCCGACUGGAGCACGACUAUGAAGGUCAACACAUGUUACACCAAGCCGGAAGUUGAUGCGUCCGACCAUUUGAAGUACUAUUUCAUCAAGAAUGGAUGUGAAAUGGAUGCCUCAACUCAUAUAAUUGCUGAAACGACACACGAAACAAGAUUUGUGUUCGUCUAUUUUGAAUACAUGGACAGACAUAAUAAAGGCCUGUUGAGCGGUUCAACAGUAUUUCAGUUAGAUAUAGUGUUUUAUCUGGCUGAAGAUUUGUUGUUGACAAUCAUUUAUCGUCUUACAAUCACAAUGUCAGGUCGGGUGUUAUAUCUACUCGUUAUAGGAAGUUGGCUUGGCUGCGCAGAAUCGAGAUAUACAACGGAGUCCUACGGUACCUUUACGUCGUCGUUUCCAUCAGGCUAUAACUGUACAUUUACCCACGGUCUCUGCGAGUGGCAACAGGGAUAUAAUGAUGUAUUUGACUGGACAGUCCUAUCUGGGAGCACACAAUCACUUGAAACAGGACCAUCUGGUGACCAUACAACAUACUAUGGCCGGUAUGCAUACAUAGAAACCUCCAAUCCCAGACAUUCAUCAGACUACGCCGAUCUUGUGGGACCGUACUUGCAUAUCAACUACUGGGAAACCAAAUGUUUUUCCUUUUGGUAUAACAUGUACGGUAGCACCAUAGGACGUCUUAAUGUUUACAAAAUGCACAACAGUCAACGUACCACUGUAUGGACACUUGAUGGUAAUCGGGGACCUGCAUGGCACCACGCUUUAGUAAAUAUUACUGGAAGUGGUCAAAUUCAGCUGAUCAUUGAAGGAGUUGUGGGACAAGAUUUCCAUGGAGAUAUAGCGAUUGAUGACACGGAAUUAACAGAUGGCGAAUGUACAGGACAAUGGGAUAUUCCAGAAUAUUACACAUCUGAUCCUUGGUCUAGAGAACAAACGACCUAUGAUCCAUGGAACCAUCAUACAACCGAUUACAUGCAUGGUUCGCGUGUUCGUCUUGCGAAUGGGCAUAAUUAUUACUCUGGUCGUGUUGAGGUUUAUCACAAUGGAAAAUGGGGUACAAUUUGUGAUGAUGAAUUCGACCAUAAUGACGCUAUGGUGGUGUGUAGAAUGCUGGGUCUCUACCAGGGCAGCAGAUAUGGUAUAGUACAUUCUAAUGCUUAUUACGGAGCGGGCAGCGGUCCGAUAUUACUGGACAAUCUCAAUUGUAACGGCUAUGAAACAGAUAUCAGCUCAUGUAUAUCUAAUGGUUGGUACAACAACAACUGUGGUCAUAGCGAAGAUGUCGGAGUUGAUUGCAGAGGGUACUACGGAUUGGAGCAGACGACUGCCUAUCCCUGGUGGAUACAUCAAAGUACAGAAUCAAGUAUAUCUGUACGUUUGGUAAAUGGUCCGAACUACCAUUCCGGGCGUAUCGAGGUACAGCGUAACGGGGUGUGGGGAACAGUUUGUGAUGACUCUUUUGACCACAAUGAUGUCAAAGUCAUUUGCAAAAUGCUUGGUCUUUUCAAGGGUGAAAGCUACGGUCGUGCGUACCAUAGUGCUUAUUUUGGGUCCGGAUCAGGUCCUAUCUUUCUGGAUGAUUUGCAGUGCUAUGGCUACGAAAGUGACAUCAAUUACUGCAGGUCAAAUGGUUGGGGAAAUAAUGACUGCGGACACUCAGAGGACGCUGGUAUCGACUGCUACGCAACAGCUUAUGAAUUGACAACAGAUAUUCCUUGGUGGUUUCAUCAAACAUCUCCAUCCGAAGAAGGCAGAAUACGACUAGUUGGUGGUACAGCUAGUUCCGGUCGGGUUGAGGUUUUUAGCAGAGGACAGUGGGGAACAAUAUGUGAUGACAACUUUGACCACAAUGAUGUCAAGGUUAUUUGUAGGAUGUUGGGAUACUACUACGGAGAAGACUAUGGUGUUGCGUACUCGAGCGCGCAUUUUGGCAGCGGGAGUGGUUCUAUUAUUGUGGAUGAUCUUCAGUGCUAUGGGUAUGAAACAGAAAUUAAGCAAUGUCCCUCGCAGACUUGGUACCAUCAUGAUUGCGGACAUAGUGAGGAUGCUGGCGUAGAUUGCUCUGCAUACAAUUACGAAGAAACAACGUCAUACACUACCUACCCCUGGUGGUUGACAACAAGAUAUUACACAACUUACAGUACAUCUUUUCCCUGGUGGAGAACGUCAACUUACAACCCUUGGUGGACACAUUAUACUACUUAUGGGUACAGUCUCCAAAAUGCGAUUGUUGUUAACUGCAACGAGUAUACAUGGAACAUUGUGGUUGACAUGAACCGACUGCGACAGAUCUAUCCUAAUGCUAAGGCAUCCGAUAUUUACCUUGGAGAAAACAAAUGUACUGGCUUAGAGAAACAUGGACAUCUCACAUUUCAACAAGGACUCGACGAGUGUCUUACAAGCGACACAGUUCAGCACGGUGCCCACGUGUACAACAAUGAGUUGAUAUACGCAGAACACGAUCCCGUGUAUACCUUUAUAAUCCGACAUUACAACUGGACAGUUGGAGUGGAAUGUGACGUCAACAGUGACGGAUCGGGUUAUGGUGGCAUUAACAACAAUCCCAGUACUCCUUCUCCAAGUGUCUCAAGCCUACAGUACCCGGUCAACAUCUCCUAUUAUCUAGAUCCAAACUUCAUGAAAGAAGUGCCAGCAAAUCCAUUACAUGUUGAUGUAGGCUCGCAUGUAUAUGUCAAAGUGUUUACCACUACGUCAGAUUGGAACUCCAGAAUGCGGGUACACACGUGCUACACAAAACCAACAUUCAAUGCACCAGAUCAUAUGAAGUACUAUCUCAUAAAGAAUGGAUGCGAGGUGGACACAAAUACACAUAUAAUAUCUCAGUCUACUCAUGAGACAAGGUUUAUGUUCGACGACUUUGAGUACACCAGUAACCACGAGGGUAUCUACGUAUUCUGUGACACAAUCUUCUGUCAUUCUAACGACUGGUCAUCACAGUGUCGUCAAACGUGUAACCCGGUGAUAAGGCGGAAAGUUGCUGUAGAGAAAAUCCAGACAGACGAAAAACAAUCUGAAUGAAGAAUAACUGAUUUGAUGAUGUGAUUUUAUUUAGUUUUUUAGGAAUAUACACUUAUUAAUAUGAUUAUUUUUAAUUCAGUGUAGGAACGUAAUAAGUUUAGCUGACGUAAUAUUUUCUUGAGUGAUUUUCUUUUUAUUACAUUUAUAUAAGGUUUGUGUAGUAAGAAACCAUGAACGUCACUAGAUUUUAAAAAGAAUUUCAGAUUAUUUAUAAUUUGUAGUCUUCUUCGUUUAACAUAAAAAUUUUAUAUACUGCUAAAUGACAAAGUUGAAAUUAUCAAUUAUCAGUAAAGGAUGUUCACCUUUAUAUUUUGAUAAACCCCUGAAGGCACAUAAUUAGCCUGUACAGUUUCAAAACAGAACUGAAGUACUCCAGUCAUUAAUAUCAUUUAUUUCAGUCUUGAUUUACACGUAAAUAAAAUCUUAAUAUCUUGAAA